AUGUGCGACCCCGUGUUGGCGUGUGCUGACGACACGAUGAUUAACGACUCCGCCUCUUUUCUGCUCCACCUGCUGCUAUUGGCUGAGCUGCUCGUCCAUUCGUCAGGCCGUCCCGCCCACAUUUCCCCCCUCUGUGGCAUGUUUGGAUCAAUGAUCCCUCAGGUGGACAGACUGAUGAACUCUUCCAAACAGCUGCAUGACUUAACUACAGAGGAGCUGCUGAACUUUGCAGCAGUAGAACACAGACUCCACAGUCUUCCUCACAUCCAAUACACUGCUGCUUAUUUCAGCUCAUUAAAGGUCAACGAGUCGCUCUCCCAGCUCUAUUCUUACUCUCAGUCCUUCAAGCUGCACGUCGACUGGCUGAAAACCGCAAAAGAAAACGUGAGUUUGCCGGUUCAGGCUGCUGAGAGCAGCAGCAUCCACCUCCAGCAGAUAUCCAACCUCAUCAACGCAUCUCUGCAUCAGAUCAGUGCAGACGUUCCUCAGUCGACGCCUCCAUCCCUCCCUGAUGUCUCCACGGCCUUUGAUGCUCUGAAGUUCUCCGUGGAGCUCUCAGGGCGGCUGGAAGCCUUCUGUAGCUGGUCAAAGAGAGUUUUACGACAUCUCCAGAGACUCUCCCACUGCCCCAAACAUUAAGAAGAACCUCCAGCAGCUCCUGAUGUCUUCCUACCGAACCACUUCUGAUGUUUUUAACAGGCCAUGCUGCUGGUGAAGGAGGAUUCUCCAUGAAGCUCAAUGCAGACGUCCAUGAUGUCCACGAGAUGCUUUUUAAUGACUCUGAUGACCCUUGAUUUGUCCUUGUGGCGCCGCCUGUACGUCUCAAUCUUUUCUCUUUUUGUGAAACAUCUCAGUGAUGAACUGGAACAAGACCUGGUUCCUCUGUAGCACCGUUACCUUUAUGGUCCUGAGUGAAAUAUCUCAACAACUUCUGGUGGAUUCCCAUGAAACAUAUUGAAGAAAUUCUCCUCAGAAUGAACUGUAAUAACCCCAAAGAUCCUCUGAUGUUCCAUCCAGAACCAUCAUCAGAUUUCAUCAGUGCCACCCCUGGGGUCAUCACCAAAUACCUGCAGAACAAGCAUUCAGUGGUGACUACGGUUUUGUGUUUGAAUCAGUCAGUGUUAGCAUGCUAAUAUGCUAAUCUAGCUUGGUAAAGAUGAAGCCUUUAUGGCAUUGGCAUGUUAGCAAGCUGACAAUGGCUCAAAACAUUGCUGUAGAUGCAGUAAAUACAGCCUCUCAAAGCUGCUAGCAUAGCUGCUAGCAUAGCUGCAAUCAUGUAGCGAUGACUGAUCUGAAAUACAAAAGUUCAGCAGAAAACAAAUAAGAUGAAGGUCCAGGAGAUUCAGAGUUCUUGAUGCAUUACAGGGCUUGAUCAAAAAGUUGUAAGACAGCGACUUUAAAAGAAACGGAAACCACACUUGAUUUAAAUUUACAUGUAGAGUAGUUUCUUUGUGUGGUGAGAAUCUGCUCCCAGUGCUCCUGCAACAUCUGAAAAUCUCCUUUAAAGUCCAAUUAUAUAAACAUGUGGGGGAACCAUUCAAUAGUAAAUCAUUUUAGGGAAGAAGAAGACAUCACUGGGAGUCAGAUUUGGUAACUGGGGCAUUUCUAGAGACACGAUGAGCUGCUGUGGUCGUAAAAGUAGUGAGUGAUCAACCAGGGCUCAGAACAUGAAUGCUGAAGGUCCUCCUGACCUACCAGGCCGUGCUGGUUUAGAAGUUGCAGCUCUUCCAGUGGUUGUUUCCUCUCUUGAUGGAAGCUGCAGACCGAGAUUUCUCCAUAAAAGUUGGAUCAUCCAGAAUGUGACGUUUGAACUCGGAGAAAUCAUAAAUAUGCGCCUCCUGGUGGUCCCAAAAACACGUCUAACUCUGGACUUCUUCACCAAACCUUGUAUUAGAAGACUUCAGUGCUUCCUUUGUCAUCAUACUAACAUCUAAAAACAAAGCAGAAUGUACGUUUAUUCCAUAUGUUUGGGGAAAUGUUUUCCAUGUAGCCUUUUCUACUGUUACCGACCUCUCAGACUGUUUACACUCAGUGCCUGUUACGUGUUGAAGCUACUCAGAGCUGAACGACCAGAAAACAUUGUGGAACGAUUAAUAUUUUUUUAUUACUGUUCUUUUUAUUUUUUAUUCUAUUUAGAAUGCUAUUUAUGAGCUUUUUAUGUUAUGUAUUUGACAGUGUUUAGUUUGAGAUGCAGGCAUCUCACCGUUUUCUAUGGGUUAUGUAUUAUUUAAUAAUAAUAAUAAUAAUAUUAAGGUAUUGCCAUAGGGACUGUUACCGUACUAUUUAUACAUUUUGUA